AUGGGUGGUAGAGAGUAUACUUAUCGUGAUGAGGCCAAUAAGCUCAUCGCUUUUGCUCACAAGUUACUGGAAUUGGGUGAUGGAUCAGAUCCAAUGAUUAUAAGGGCACGUAUGGAGGAUAAGCUUCGAAAGCAGUAUUCUAUUAGUAAACUUACUGAUAACGACCUUAGUACCAAUAGACUUGAUUUGAUACCAAGUAGUGUUAUUAAUGAUUUCGUGUUAGAUAUUACAAAAUUUGAUAAGAUGAAUUAUUGGAACUUCGACAAGAAAAGACAUAAUAUUUCAGGUAAGGCAGAACCAACACAGCAAAUGGGGGAUGGCUCUCAAAAGAAUGGGAUAAUUUCCAGGGUAGUUCGAAUAUCGAAUUCAGAUAAUUCGUUGGCGAGAGAGCAAAAUAAAGCUGCUUCAGUAGUUGUUGAAAAUUCCAAUCAUGCUUCUAUGAAUCAAAUACAAGAAUUGGAACCCUUACAUCAUUCUUCCCAGGUGAGUAGUAAUGACCACACUUCCAAUAUUAAUUCAAGGAGACCUACUUCUUCUGGUUUUGCUAAUCACAACAUGACUGGUAUGCGUUCUCCCAAGGCAUAUGCAAAGGCUACAGAAACCACCAAACAAUUACUAGAGUUCAGAACUGGGUCUCCAGUGGGAAAUAUCAGAAAUUCAAAUACAGCAGGAUAUUUAACUAAUAAUUCUAUAGAGGAAAUGAAAGUUUCUAGGGUGCAACCAGUAAUCGAAAAGAAUAUGUUCAUCACAAGACACACUGGUAAUCGAAAAGAGCAAGCACUGGUAAAUAAUAGCAAUCAAAAAAACCAUAUAGAGAGAAGCUUGCCACGAUUAGCAAAAUCUGAUGUUGAUCAGAAUAGUAGCAAUACAGACAUCGCAUUAAAUAAAACAGGCAUAUCAGUACCUACAGGAAAGAGUACAAGUUUAGAAUCUAUAAAUAAGAUAAGGAAACAUAAAGUUCAGCAACAUAGAGAAACUGAAAGACAGAAAAUACUUGAUGCUGCAGAACGAAAUACAGUUUUAAUAGAGACUUUACUUGGCAAUUCAAAUGGAGAAUCUACACCUGCUCCAACAAACAACUUGGCUAAUAAUCAUGAUCGAAAUAAAGUUAACCAAAUAACACCUCCUCCACAACCACACAAUAUGCAGGGAACUUCACAAGAUUUAAGAUAUAUGAGUACUGCCGUAAAAGUUGAAGAAUCAAAGAAUGGGAAAAAUGUGUAUAACACUAAUGAUUUGAAUUCUAUAAGAGGCGAUCAAGUGAAUGAAAUUUCCAAUUCCUCAUCGAUUUCCUCAAUUGCUUCCAGUUCGCCCUUGACUCACGUAUAUAGAUCAAUGGUUCAAAAGCGUCAAAAUAAAAUACCUUCAAGUAGCACCCCUAUUCUAGAUCAAGAGCUAGAAGCAGGACAUAAUAGAUAUGGUACUAUAACCCAGGAAACAAAUUACAAUAUGGCUCGAUCAAAUAAACUGAAUACAUUACCAAUGAAUUACAAUUCAUCAACUACAGCUCCUAACACAAUUUCAAACAGCAACUACAAUAAUCUAACUCCCGAUAUCAUUAACAAUCAAAUGAUACCAUUAAGAUUAGCUGCCAGAAAUAUAUCAGUGCCUCCUGCUCAUAUUCAAAAUAGCAGCAAUUUUUCUAUGAUAAGAUCAAACCAAAUUCAAGAAGUAGGAAACUCUGAACUAAAUGCAUAUCCCAAUAAUAUUAAUCAGAACGCAAUGGCUAAAAAUCUGUUUGUUCCCAAUUCUCAAGGUAAUGAAUUAUCACCAGCUGCACCUGAAGUGCCUUCAAUGAUAAGUUCUAUCCCAAUAUCAAAUAAUUCUGGCAAGAAAGUUCCAAAGACUUUAAAGAGAUUAGGUGAUAUUAUUAAAAAAUAUAACCUAGAUGAGGACAUGUAA